UCUAACAGAAGCAUCAGCUUUUUCACAACCUGAAAUUAUUUGCAAAAGACUGUAUAAUUUUUUUUCUUCAAAUGUGAGAUAUUAUGAAUAAUUUGUUUGAAACGACAAAGAUUUUUCUGUUAUAUCACUUAUGACUGAUUAUUGCAAUAGUGAACAUUCCUCUAGUAUGCACAUUUUGAAUUUUUUGAUUUCUGCAAAAUACCAAGUGCGGAUUUAUUCACAUACAUACUCAAUUGCUUUUAUAGCUAAGGAGUCACAUUUCACACUGAAGGCACUGCAUGUCCAAACUUGAAACCGUAUUUGACCUUGCUGUCAGUUGGAUUCUUCUCUAUCUGAUAUUCCUGGCCCACAAUAUGUCUGGUUUUCCCCUUUUUAUUAUAAUAUAUAAUGAAUCACUGAAAGAGUUUUAAUAAUAACUUGUCUUCUGUAGAACUGCCUUUUCUAAUGAUGUAAAAGCAAGCUCUAAGUUCAUAGGACCACAUGUACAAGAUACAUUACAUUAUUUCCCUUUUAUAUCUUCAAAAGUACAGAAAUGCCAAAGAAUCCCAUCUGGAUCAAAGAUUAAGUUACCUGUAAAGAUCAUAGAAGAACCAAUAAAUCAUACACCCAAGUUCUUUAAGUGCCUUGACUAGUCCCGAUUCCAAUAUUAAUAGCCCUGUCAGACUAUUUAUAGGAAAUAUAUCCACAGGGAUGGUAAGAUGCAAAUCAUUUCUAAAUAUAUCAGGUCAAAUGACAAUUAUGCCAUUAGUUAAGUUUGCCAGACAAUAUUUUGCCAAAGAUGGUUGCCAAAAUAUAUUUUGACAGAAGGAAAAGGAAACAUCCAAAGCAUCUGCAUACCAGAGUCUAUAAAAGUCUCUUUGGAGUGCUGUGCCCAGUCUUGACAGAAAAUUUCGAGGUAAGUGUUUGGCUCCUGUGAACUCCUGGGCAGAACAUAUACCUUUUUAUUCCAUUUAACUUCCUAUAAGACUUGGAUAUCCACUUCUGUCAUGGACUGACUCUAGGAGCAAUAACUUUAUUGUAGGUUUGAAGGCAGCAUGUUUUCCUUCAACUUAUAUCUGAAUAUCUGUGCAACACAAAAUGAGCUUUUAUGUUUUCAAGCAGCAGUGGACUCUGCCACCAAAAUCAAUAACAAAAUUUAACAACUUUCAAGGAACAGGAUGAAAUCCAAGAGUUUAAGAUUUGUGGAAGGGAUAACAAUAGAGCAUUGUAGCAUUAGUAGCAAUAGUAGCAAUUUAUAUCUGUCAAUGCAAGAUGAAUUAUCUAUAGCAAGUAAUUUUUAGAAAGCCACAACUUGUUAUCAGAAUAAGAACUAUUUCAGUCUCUUUCAGUAGCAUUAAAAAAAAAAAAACAAACCAACAGAGACUUUCUUAUGGGAACAGCCAAAUUUGCUAAAGUUCACAAAGUUGAAAUAAUCCUGCUAAACUUCACAACAUACUGUACACUUAACUACUGUUCUGUACAUGGUCUCUUAGCUGGAUGUCUAAGGAUUAAUUUUAGAGAGCUAUGUAAGUAUUUUCAGCCAAGACUGGGAAUUUUAAAUCCAACUUUUGACUUGUUUAUACCUACUUUAAUAUUUAAAAAUAUCAAAGUGCAAGAGACCUCCAUUCUUUCACAUAAAGAUGUUCAUUCACUAGCUCAACAUUUCUUGUAGGCUGCAGAGGACCCUGCUGACUGUGGCUCCUGAAGAAGUGCAACAAUGUCCGCUCCAGACGCUGACAUGGCCGCCUUUGGCGAGGCGGCCCCUUACCUUCGGAAGUCAGAGAAGGAGAGAAUUGAGGCCCAGAACAAACCUUUUGAUGCCAAGACCUGUGUCUUUGUGGUACAUGCAAAGGAGUCCUAUGUGAAAGGGAAGAUCGAGAGUAAGGAUGCAGGGAAGGUCACUGUCAAGACUGAAGGUGGAGAGACCCUGACUGUGAAGGAAGAUCAAAUCUUCUCCAUGAACCCUCCCAAGUAUGACAAAAUCGAGGACAUGGCCAUGAUGACCCACCUCCACGAACCCGCCGUGCUGUACAACCUCAAAGAGCGUUACGCAGCCUGGAUGAUCUACACCUACUCGGGUCUCUUCUGCGUCACUGUCAACCCCUACAAGUGGCUGCCGGUGUACAACCCCGAGGUGGUGUUGGCCUACCGAGGCAAGAAGCGCCAGGAGGCCCCUCCACACAUCUUCUCCAUCUCUGACAACGCCUAUCAGUUCAUGCUGACUGAUCGGGAGAACCAGUCCAUCCUGAUCACCGGAGAAUCCGGGGCCGGGAAGACUGUGAACACAAAGCGUGUCAUCCAGUACUUUGCAACAAUUGCAGCCAGCGGGGACAAGAAGAAGGAGGAGCAGACCUCAGGCAAAAUGCAGGGGACACUUGAGGAUCAAAUCAUCAGUGCCAACCCACUGCUGGAGGCCUUUGGAAACGCCAAGACCGUGAGGAACGACAACUCCUCACGCUUUGGUAAAUUCAUCAGAAUCCAUUUUGGUGCCACAGGCAAACUGGCUUCUGCUGACAUUGAAACUUAUCUGCUGGAGAAGUCCAGAGUCACUUUCCAGCUCAAGGCGGAAAGGAGCUACCACAUCUUUUAUCAGAUCAUGUCCAACAAGAAGCCAGAGCUAAUUGACAUGCUCCUCAUUACCACCAACCCCUAUGAUUUCCACUAUGUGAGUCAAGGGGAGGUCACUGUCCCCAGCAUUGAUGACCAGGAGGAGUUGAUGGCCACAGAUAGCGCCAUUGACAUCCUGGGCUUCACUGCAGAUGAGAAAACAGCCAUCUACAAGCUGACAGGGGCUGUCAUGCACUAUGGGAACCUGAAGUUCAAGCAGAAACAACGAGAGGAGCAGGCAGAGCCUGAUGGCACCGAAGUGGCUGACAAGGCUGCCUACUUAAUGGGCCUAAACUCCGCUGAAUUUCUCAAGGCCUUGUGUUACCCCCGAGUCAAGGUUGGGAAUGAAUACGUGACCAAAGGUCAAAACGUGACACAGGUGAACAAUUCUGUGGGUGCACUGGCAAAGGCAGUGUUUGAGAAGAUGUUCCUGUGGAUGGUUGUUCGCAUCAACCAGCAGCUGGACACGAAGCAGCCCAGGCAGUACUUCAUUGGUGUCCUGGACAUUGCUGGCUUUGAGAUCUUUGAUUUCAACAGCUUUGAGCAGCUGUGCAUCAACUUCACCAAUGAGAAACUGCAACAGUUCUUCAACCACCACAUGUUCGUGCUGGAGCAGGAGGAGUACAAGAAGGAGGGGAUUGAAUGGGAGUUCAUUGACUUUGGGAUGGACCUGGCUGCCUGCAUUGAGCUCAUUGAGAAGCCCAUGGGCAUCUUCUCCAUCCUGGAAGAGGAGUGCAUGUUCCCCAAGGCAACUGACACCUCUUUCAAGAACAAGCUCUAUGACCAGCACCUGGGCAAGUCCAACAACUUCCAGAAGCCCAAGCCUGCCAAAGGCAAGGCUGAGGCCCACUUCUCCCUGGUGCACUACGCUGGCACAGUGGACUACAACAUCACUGGGUGGCUGGAGAAGAACAAGGACCCUCUGAAUGAAACUGUCAUUGGGCUGUACCAGAAAUCAUCUGUGAAGACCCUGGCUUUACUCUUUGCCAACUAUGGUGGAGCAGAUGCUGGUCAGUUUUAUUCUGGUGGUGGUGGCAAGAAGGGAGGCAAGAAGAAGGGUUCUUCUUUCCAGACUGUCUCAGCUCUUUUCAGGGAGAAUUUAAACAAGCUGAUGGCUAACUUGAGAAGCACUCACCCCCAUUUUGUACGGUGCAUCAUCCCAAAUGAAACUAAAACACCUGGUGCCAUGGAGCACGAGCUGGUGCUGCACCAGCUGCGCUGUAACGGCGUGCUGGAAGGGAUCAGGAUUUGCAGGAAAGGCUUCCCCAGCAGAGUCCUCUACGCUGACUUCAAACAGAGAUAUAGAGUACUUAAUGCCAGUGCUAUCCCAGAGGGACAGUUCAUGGACAACAAGAAGGCUUCAGAGAAACUCCUUGGGUCCAUUGAUGUAGACCAUACCCAGUACAAAUUUGGUCACACCAAGGUGUUCUUCAAAGCUGGCUUGCUGGGACUCCUGGAGGAGAUGAGAGACGACAAGUUGGCAGAAAUCAUCACUCGCACACAAGCCAGGUGCAGGGGCUUCCUGAUGAGAGUGGAGUAUAAGAAAAUGGUGGAGCGGAGAGAGUCCAUCUUCUGCAUCCAGUACAAUGUUCGUUCAUUCAUGAAUGUCAAACACUGGCCAUGGAUGAAGCUGUUCUUCAAGAUCAAGCCCUUGCUGAAGAGUGCAGAGUCUGAGAAGGAGAUGGCCAACAUGAAGGAAGAGUUUGAGAAAACCAAGGAAGAGCUUGCAAAGUCUGAGGCAAAGCGGAAGGAGCUUGAGGAGAAAAUGGUGGCCUUGGUGCAGGAGAAAAAUGACCUGCAGCUCCAAGUGCAGGCUGAAGCAGAUAGCUUGGCUGAUGCUGAGGAAAGGUGUGACCAGCUCAUCAAAACCAAAAUCCAGCUGGAAGCCAAAAUUAAGGAGGUGACUGAAAGGGCAGAGGAUGAGGAGGAAAUUAACGCUGAGCUGACAGCCAAGAAGAGGAAGCUGGAGGAUGAAUGUUCAGAGCUGAAGAAAGAUAUUGAUGACCUUGAGCUAACACUGGCCAAGGUGGAGAAGGAAAAACACGCCACUGAAAACAAGGUGAAAAACCUGACUGAGGAGAUGGCAGCUUUGGACGAGACCAUUGCCAAGCUGACAAAAGAGAAGAAAGCCCUCCAAGAGGCCCAUCAGCAGACCCUGGAUGACCUGCAGGUAGAGGAAGACAAAGUCAAUACUCUGACCAAAGCCAAGACCAAGCUGGAGCAGCAAGUGGAUGAUCUGGAAGGGUCCCUGGAGCAAGAGAAGAAACUUCGCAUGGACCUGGAGAGAGCUAAGAGGAAACUGGAAGGAGACCUGAAGCUGGCCCAGGACAGCAUCAUGGAUUUGGAGAAUGAUAAGCAGCAGCUGGAUGAGAAACUGAAGAAGAAAGACUUUGAGAUCAGCCAGAUCCAGAGCAAGAUCGAGGAUGAACAAGCCCUGGGCAUGCAAUUUCAGAAGAAGAUCAAGGAGCUGCAGGCCCGUAUUGAGGAGCUGGAGGAGGAAAUUGAGGCAGAGCGAACCUCUCGCGCUAAAGCAGAGAAGCAUCGCGCUGACCUGUCCAGGGAGCUGGAGGAGAUCAGCGAGCGCCUGGAAGAAGCAGGAGGUGCCACAGCAGCUCAGAUUGAGAUGAACAAGAAGCGUGAGGCGGAAUUCCAGAAGAUGCGCCGUGACCUGGAAGAGGCCACGCUGCAGCACGAAGCCACGGCUUCCGCGCUGCGCAAGAAGCACGCGGACAGCACAGCUGAGCUGGGCGAGCAGAUCGACAACCUGCAACGCGUGAAGCAGAAGCUGGAGAAGGAGAAGAGUGAGCUGAAGAUGGAGAUUGACGACUUGGCCAGCAACAUGGAGUCUGUCUCCAAAGCCAAGGCCAAUCUAGAGAAGAUGUGCCGCACACUGGAAGAUCAGCUGAGUGAGCUUAAAACGAAGGAGGAGCAGAAUCAGCGCAUGAUCAACGACCUCAAUACGCAAAGAGCUCGUCUGCAGACAGAGUCAGGUGAAUAUUCCCGCCAGGUGGAGGAGAAAGAUGCUCUGAUUUCUCAGCUGUCUAGGGGCAAGCAAGGAUUUACCCAACAGAUUGAGGAACUGAAGAGACAUCUAGAGGAAGAAAUCAAGGCCAAGAAUGCCCUGGCCCACGCCCUGCAGUCCGCUCGCCACGACUGUGACUUGCUCCGGGAACAAUAUGAGGAGGAGCAGGAGGCCAAGGGGGAGCUGCAGCGAGCCCUGUCCAAGGCCAAUGGUGAAGUGGCCCAGUGGAGAACCAAAUACGAGACGGACGCGAUUCAGCGCACGGAGGAGCUCGAGGAGGCCAAGAAGAAGCUGGCCCAGCGCCUGCAGGAUGCAGAGGAACAUGUUGAGGCUGUCAAUGCCAAAUGUGCCUCCCUGGAAAAGACAAAGCAGAGGCUGCAGAAUGAAGUGGAGGACCUGAUGAUUGACGUGGAGAGAUCCAAUGCUGCCUGCGCUGCUCUGGAUAAGAAGCAGAAGAACUUUGACAAGAUCCUGGCAGAAUGGAAGCAGAAGUAUGAGGAAACGCAGGCUGAGCUGGAGGCCUCACAGAAGGAGUCGCGCUCUCUGAGCACGGAGCUGUUCAAGAUGAAGAAUGCCUAUGAGGAGUCCUUGGACCACCUGGAAACAAUGAAGCGGGAGAACAAGAACUUGCAGCAGGAGAUUUCCGACCUCACGGAGCAGAUUGCAGAGGGAGGAAAGGCAAUUCAUGAGCUGGAGAAAGUCAAGAAGCAGGUUGAGCAGGAGAAAUCGGAACUGCAAGCCUCCCUGGAGGAAGCUGAGGCCUCCCUGGAACAUGAGGAGGGGAAGAUCCUGCGCCUGCAGCUUGAGCUCAACCAAGUGAAGUCUGAGAUUGACAGGAAGAUAGCAGAGAAAGAUGAGGAGAUUGAUCAGCUGAAGAGAAACCACCUCCGAGUUGUGGACUCCAUGCAGAGCACCCUGGAUGCUGAGAUCAGGAGCAGGAAUGAAGCCCUGAGGCUGAAGAAGAAGAUGGAGGGAGACCUGAAUGAAAUGGAGAUCCAACUGAGCCAUGCCAACCGCCAGGCUGCAGAGGCACAGAAGAACCUGAGGAACACCCAGGCUGUGCUCAAGGACACUCAGCUGCACUUGGAUGAUGCUCUCAGGACACAGGAUGACUUGAAGGAGCAGGUGGCCAUGGUGGAGCGCAGAGCAAACCUGCUGCAGGCUGAAGUUGAGGAGCUCCGGGCAGCCCUGGAGCAGACGGAGCGGUCGAGGAAAUUGGCUGAGCAGGAGCUUCUGGAUGCCACUGAACGUGCCCAGCUCCUCCACACCCAGAACACCAGCUUGAUCAACACCAAGAAGAAGCUGGAGACGGACAUUUCCCAGAUCCAGAGUGAAAUGGAGGAUACCAUCCAGGAAGCCCGCAAUGCUGAGGAGAAGGCCAAGAAGGCCAUCACAGAUGCGGCCAUGAUGGCAGAAGAGCUGAAGAAGGAGCAGGACACCAGUGCCCACCUGGAGAGGAUGAAGAAGAACCUGGACCAGACGGUGAAGGACCUGCAGCACCGCCUGGAAGAGGCCGAGCAGCUGGCACUGAAGGGAGGGAAGAAACAACUUCAGAAGCUGGAGGCCAGGGUGCGGGAGCUGGAAGGGGAGGUUGAUGCUGAGCAGAAGCGCAGCGCUGAAGCCGUGAAGGGCGUGCGCAAGUACGAGCGGAGGGUGAAGGAACUCACCUACCAGUCUGAGGAAGACAGGAAGAAUGUCCUCAGGCUGCAGGAUCUGGUGGACAAGCUGCAAAUGAAAGUGAAAUCCUACAAGAGACAAGCUGAGGAGGCUGAGGAGCUGUCCAAUGUCAACCUCUCCAAGUUCCGCAAGAUCCAGCACGAGCUGGAGGAAGCCGAGGAGCGGGCUGACAUUGCAGAGUCACAGGUCAACAAGCUCCGGGUGAAGAGCCGGGACAUUCACGGCAAGAAGAUAGAAGAGGAAGAGUGAGGAUGCCAUGAGGCAUCAAAGUGACCUGAGGGCUGCACAAAAUGUGAACCCUCCGUCACUGUCUUCUAGAUCUGAUAUUUGCAACCUUCUCAAUACAUAGGGAAUAAAGAGUAGAUUCAUUUGCAUUCA